CGUCGGCGAAAACACAGGUAUCGUCGGCAUCGCUUUCGUUUUCCAGUCGCCGCCCUAUUUCGCGGGUAUCGUGGUUGUAGGUCGUUGCUCGGGCCGACUAGUAAGUAGUAGGCUCCUCGGAGAUCGGCACGGUAUGGUAUGGUAAACGUAGUCUGUAGUCCUGGUGUAAGACGACGAUCGCAAAUAAACCGUGAUGUGUAUUCCAGUAGCUGUAUUCGUGUUACAAGUAAAGUGCAAGAACUCAAUCAAAGAAGAGCGCAGACGCAGACGCAGACGCAGAUCCGCAACCGUCUUAUGACCCCUUCACCCCUUCACCCCAGACCCCGUACCAAACCCCCCAAGCUCUCAGCCUCCACAGCCAUACCUAUGCCCCCCUCUUGGCCGUCUCCUUCACUGUCUCAUGCUGCGCAGCCGCUGCGCAGCCUGCGCUCGGCAGCGUGUCCUCUCAUGUCGCAGGACCUGUCUGGAACCAAGCGGAGCCAGUUGGAAGCGCGUGGACGGUCACGAGAUGCCGAUAUCCGGGCCCAAGCCUGGCGAAGCGGCUGGGCUGAUGAAAGCGUGCGGUUGGUGGAGCCACUGGGGUGGUUGGGCCGAGCGGCGUGCGGCUUGGCGGCCAAGAGCGGAGCGGGGUUUGCGGUGCUGGACUUGCUGGGGGGUAAUUGUAGGGUGAUCGAACGAUGGAUGGAGGGCGCAAAGCGUUUCGCGUCAGCUGCGGCGGUGGUUUGCGUGAUGCUGCUGGCGCUUGGGAGUUUGAGUGUUUUUCAUGGGUGUGAGUAGGGUUGUACUGGAGUGGAAGUGGGUAGGGUUGGGUGUGGAGUUCAUGCACUGUAUUACAUAAGUAUCGCUAGAUGCAGAGGAUAUCGAACUGGGGAAUUUGAAAGGGAAGGGAGCUGGACGCUCCCAUGCACAGCCGUAUAAGUCAUGAGGCCGUCGGUCACAUGAGCUUUUGACGAGCUCGUAACCGUUUUCCGCUGCAAAAGCAGCCUUGAG